AUGUGGGUCACUAGAUCUCUUGCAGUGUGUUCGUUGCUGGUAUCAGCUGUUUUGGGCUCUGCUUCUUCUACUUCUGCCUCUCCUUCUGCCUCUUCCUCCACGCAGAAAGCACAGGAGAAACGGUAUGCCAUCCUCGACAACGACUGGGGCGCCGUGAGCUUCAUUCCCAUCCUCCUAGCCCUAAAAGGGGACAUGGAAAUACUAGGCCUCGCAUCAAAUACAGCAAACACCUGGCAACGCCAAAGCGCCCUCCACGCCCUCGCCAACCUCGAACUCUCCAACCUAACCUGCAUCCCCGUCAUCCCCGGCUGCACCUGGCCGCUCCUCCACACGCCCCACAGAUUCCACACCUGGGAAUCCCUCCACGGCGCCCUCCCCUGGCAAGGCGCCUUCGCCCCGGAAGCCCAAGACGGGAAUGACCCGACCUCAGGCGACCCCAACCGCAUCGUGCGCGAAGCCUUCAUCGAGGGUUUCCCGCGGGGUAGUAUCGAUGACUCCAAGACAGCUGCGAUGUUCAUGGUAGACAUGGUGCGGAAGUAUCCCGGGCAGGUAUCGAUUUAUUCGGCCGGCGCGCUGACGAAUGUUGCGCUUGCCGUGCGGCUCGAUGAGAGUUUUGCGCGCAAUGCGAGGGAGUUGGUUGUUAUGGGGGGGUAUGUGGAUGUUAAUCUUUUGCAGGUUAGAGGGAGCGUGGAGUUGGCGAAUGAGAAUUCUGAUAUAAACCUAAUGAUCGACCCCGAAUCCGCCAAAAUCGCCUUCAACGCGCCCUUCCCGGAGAUCGUCAUCGCAGGCAACGUCGCCAACCAGGUCCCGUCGACGCAGUCUUUCCUAGACGAUGUGCACGAGGUGCGCAAUCCGUUGACGAACCUCUUCCACGAUCACUACGGGACGGAAUUCCCGUUUUGGGACGAGACUGCUGCGGCGAUUAUGGUUGAUCGGGGGGUGGUGCUUAAUGCGACCACUGCAUAUAUUGAUGUGGACAUCGCGUAUGGAAGCCCUAACUACGGUAACAUCCAUGUCUAUCAGAAGGCGUUGAUGCCUCCUGGGUUGAGGAAUGUGACGUAUGUGCAUCGCGUUGAUGGGGAGAGGGUCAAGGCGAUGAUGAAGGAUGCGAUGCAGGACCCGCCUUCUUGUUGA